AGAAUUUUCGCUCCGACCUCUGAGGGGACAAAGGGAACACGCGGUUGUGUAGAAGCACCCACAACAUUUUCACCAAUCUCGAACUUUUCUCUCACUAAAUGGGUCCUUCAGCUCGUGGAAAACGAGUUGAAAAUGUGCUGGAUAGUCUUCCUGAACCUCUGUGGUCUGAAGACUUUGCUGUACUACUUGGCUUCAAAAAGAGUGCGCUAGGCCCAAGGAAAGAUGUUUCACAAGGCGACGAGCUUGUCCGAAAGACCAUGUUAGAACUAUAUUUCGACCGCAACUCCAAAGAACACGAGAUUCAGCAGGACCUGAUAUGGUCGCGAUUUUGCGCGUUGUACCUUCCUGCUCUAGUGGAUCGCUUUCUUGAUCCAUGGACUGCCACGGAUGGUAGUUAUAUCGAGAAGGAUGCAAGCGCGAGGGAGGAUUACCAACUCUUCAAUCCGUGGCUCAGGAUGCUGGUCAUGGUUCAACACAACCCAUAUCUCGGCAAAUAUUUGCGGUCUAGAAAGCCUGUCUCAUCAGGGAAUCAACAUCUUACUCGUGUCUUAGGCCAACGACUAUCACAUGUUGCUGCGCGUUGGGAUCGGGAGAUUCGAAAACCGGCAAGUGACCACCAGGAAUACUACAAAGGUGCUGCUGCAGAUGUGGUCCAAUUACUCAGUACGCUCUUGACAACAUUCGUGAGUUCUCGAGAUUCGGAUAAAAUCUUGCCUGCGGAUACCAGGAAAAAGCUGCUUCCGUUCUUGAGCGGUUGGCGGGACUUGUUUUAUGAUCCCACAAUGGCACGAGGGGACGAACAGGUCUCACUUGGAGAUGUCCACCAAUACAUUUUGAAGGUAAAAAAGCAUCUUAAAGGCUGGGACCAGUGUGGCCUACCUACUUGUGCUGCAACAGGAGACAUGAAGGCUUGUGGAAGGUGUCACACUGUGAAAUAUUGUGGCUCUGAUCAUCAAACAUUACACUGGAAAUGGCUUUCGGGUCCGCACAAAGAGAUGUGCUUUAUGACCGAAUUUUAGAUCUACUGUCCUCAAUGUAUAUAAGAAAGUGAUCCAUGUCUUUGUUAAUCACCCAUAUUGAGUGGGAAUUAUGGCCAUAUCAUUUACGCGCCAAUGACCGUUGUGAUGUACAUCUGUGGUACACCACGACAGCUCUCAAUGGGACCGCGCCAGUUCUCCUCUGCCUCCUACCAAUCAUGUGAGGUAUAUAACCAUAUGUAUACUGUGUUCAUACUUUGGGGGUAUUCUCUAGCUUGAAUCGGUCAACAAAAGGAAAAAAAG